GGUAGAUCAACAUAUUGUUUUAAAUCAGGGAUGGGAGGACAUGUUACAAAGCAUUUCGGUCAGGACUAAACAUAUUUAAGGCGCUCCCUGCAUUCGACAAUCAGCACCCACUGCAGACGAUUGACGCUCACUUCACAUCUACCGCCAUGUCUCAACCAAUCAUCCUAUACGAUAUUCCAGCCCGAGUGCCCGGAAAUACAUUUUCUGGCAACACGUUCAAAGCAAGGCAAGUAUCGCAGUAAUUUUCUCCGUUUCUAUUCAGUGUUACUCACAUGUUCGCUCUUGCAGGUACACGCUUGCCUACAAAGGUUUGGCCUACAAGUCCGUCUGGAUUGAAUCGCCCGAUAUCGAAGAGCGGAUGAAGGCCAUCGGAGCCAAACCUACCGGGCUCAAACCUGACGGAAGCGACUUAUACACCGUCCCUGCUAUCCAGGACCCUUCCACAGGCGCUGUUGUCUCCGACUCUUUUGCCAUCGUAGAAUAUCUCGAGAAGACAUACCCAUCGACACCCGCCAUCUUCCCCCACAGUUCUGAAGCUCUCAUGAGCGCCUUCGAUUUCGCUAUCAUUAACGUCAUCAUCCCUGUGUUCCCAGUAGUGAGCGUCAUGGCUGCCCCGAAGUUGCAUCCCAGAAGCGAGCAGCGUUUCAAGGAGCAGGCUGAGCUUAGGUUUGGUGUCAAGUGGGAGGAUAUUUCACCCGUAGGCCCAAAGCGAGACGCGGACUGGAAAAACGUAAAGGAGGCGUUCGGGAUCAUCGAUGGGUGGUAUUCAAAGAGCGGUGGUAAAUGGAUCAUGGGAGACACGUUCUCCUAUGCGGAUAUCCUCGUAGCUGCCUGGAUGAGGUGCUUCAGCGUUGCCUUUGAUAAGGACCAAUGGGAGGAGAUGAAAUCUUGGAAUGGCGGACGCUGGGGCGACAUAGUUGAAGAGAUUAACAGGCAUUCCAUUCUGGACUAGUGGAUGAGCGUAAAAAAUAUCUGAACAGCCAUGUGCUUACCUUACUU